UGCAAAGACAUCGUCCAAUAGGAGUCGAGUGGCUAGCUGACAAGUUGCGUCGGGGUGGAAAUGGGCAGGGAACAGGAGCUUGUACGCAUUCGGGCCGUGAAGUGUUGGUUUCGCGAAGGGGGUCAACUUCUCUGUCUACGUGAUAUUUCUCGUGUUAUUACUUUCGACGAUAUAAUAUAAAUUUCAGUUUAAUGUCACGCACACGUCGGUGUUCGAAGAUUAUUUAUAUGGAGAUUGUGGAGCGCUAGAAGAUGCUGGGAGACGAUCCACCGUACCUAUCAGUGGGUACGGAGGUUAGCGCUAAAUACAAGGGUGCCUUCUGUGAAGCAAAAAUUCGAAAAGUGGUACGCUCGGUAAAAUGCAGAGUGACUUAUAAACAGGGCUUAGGGACUGCGACUGUAGCUGAUGAUCAGAUAAAAGGAACCUUGAGAGUAGGUGCAUCCGUUGAAGCUAGGCACGGAGACAGAAAAGAAUUUGUAGAAGCUACAAUCACAAAGAUUCAAGAUUGCAGUCAAUAUACUGUAGUUUUUGAUGAUGGAGAUAUUACAACAUUAAGAAGGACCGCGCUGUGCUUAAAGAGUGGGAGACAUUUUGCAGAAAGCGAAACUUUGGACCAACUGCCUUUGACCCAUCCAGAACACUUUGGGAAUCCAGUAAUCGGAGGUAGAAGAGGGAGGAGGUCUAGACAAGCCCAAGAUGAAAGCAGCGAAGACGAGGAUAGCCCUCCCAGGGGAACUCGUGAUUCAGGUUCUAGUGGAACAGGGAAAGAAGGAGUGGAAACAGAACCUGAAAUUGGACGAGUUGUAUGCGUGGAACUUGGAGAUAAAAAGAAAAAAGAUAAUUGGUUCCCUGGGUUAGUCGUUGCACCGACUGCUCAAGAUACAGUGAGAAUUCGAGUUAGGGAUGACUAUCUUGUGCGUUCAUUCAAAGAUGCGCGAUAUUAUACAGUUCCAAAAAAGGAAGCCACUGAAUUCACAAAAGAACUUGUCAACAAAGUUGAAAAUAGCACAUUAAAGGUUGCAGUAGAAAAGGCACUGCUAUUUUUAGAGAAGAAUGAGUUACCUCCCCAUUGGGAUAGAGAUUCUCUUUUUGGACAUUCUGUAUCAAGUGGAAACAGUGAUUCUGAUGGAGACCUCGAGUCUGAUAGUUCUGACGAUGAGCCACGCGAAGAGAAAGAUCAUUUUGUGGCACAACUGUACAAAUUCAUGGACGAUCGUGGUACACCGAUCAAUAAUUGUCCGAUGAUCGGGUCCGAGGACAUAGAUCUGUAUAGACUAUUUCGAGCUGUUUAUAAACUAGGCGGUUAUAAUCGCGUAACAAAUCAAAACCAAUGGAAAUUGAUAACUCGUCGUCUGAGUUUUACAAUGCAAAAUUCACCAUCCACGCACAAUUUGGUUAAACAGGCCUAUAAAAAGUUCUUACACUCCUUCGAGGAUUUUUAUAGAAAAUUAGGUUGUACUAUGGUAAAUCACCCUAGGGGUGCUAUGCGUAAGCAACGUCCCGGUAGAAGUUUAAUUAGAGAUAAAGAUAGAAAUACACCUGUACCACCGCAAGUAUCGGUCGCUAAAACUGAGAAGGAAGAUGAAGAGAAAAAGGUGGUGGAGGAGGAAAAGAAGGAAAAGAAAGAGGUAAAGAAGGAACAGGUAAAGGAAGAAGAAAUUGUAAAAAUAAAGAAAAAGGAGGAGUUCGAGGAAAGCGGUAGCGGACAGGAAAGCGACGUGAACGUAGAAGCCGAAGCAGAAUCGUCUUCUAGUAGUGAAAAGUCUCAAAAAAUGUCGGGCUCGUUAUCACUGUCGAACAGGGGCAAAUCGAAAAGUAAAGAAGAUCCAAAGAAAAAGGUGAUGGACAAGAAAAAAAGUGAAUCCAAGAAGCAAGAGAAAAAGGACGACAAGGUGAAAGAGGACGAUGCCGCUAAAACAAGAUCAAAAUCUAAAGAUGAUAAUGUAAAAAAUAAAAUCUCCUCUGAAGUUAGAGAAACGCGAACUCCAUCCAGAGAAUCGGAAAGAAAGACUUUAUCGAAACAGAGACGCUUGAUAGACGAAGAGUUAAAGAAACGAGGGAGAAAACGGAAGGAAUACGAGGUAGAAAAAUCACGUUCGGACGAACAGUUAGCCGAGUCUGCGCCAUCCUACAAGGGUCCUGUGGAAUUAGGGGAUAGACUGAAGGUAUAUUACGGACCUACUCAUGAGUCUAAAGUUACUUAUGAAGCCAAAGUUAUUGAUAUGGAAAAGGAUGGGACAGAACCAAUGUAUCUCGUCCAUUAUACUGGAUGGAAUACCAGAUACGACGAAUGGAUCAAAGCGUCGAGAAUAGCACAGAAUUUCACCCAAGCUCAAGGUAGGAUAAAACGUAUUAAAACUACAUCACGACCUCAAACUCCUAGUACGAAUUUAUCUAGUAACAUAAACAAGUCAUCGAAAACUAUUUCCAACACGAAUUCAAGUACGUCGCAGAGUCGUCGUCGGGCGCAAAGCGUAGCACCAUCGACUACGGUUUCCUCUACAUCAACAAAGGAAGUAAAAAGAGAGGAAAAAGAAAAGGAUAAAGAAGCGUCACAGCCCGCUAGAUCAACAACGCCAUUGUCCGUAACAAGUUCCAGUUCUAGAACUAAAAGUCCAGCAACACCGGCGAACAAUCGUCAGACGCGAACGAGAAACAUCGAUGUGUCUGGCGUGGAGCAUCGACGACGUACCAGGAGAACCUCCGGACACGCGGAUGUGGUACCGUCUGAAACCGAGGAGAGUGAAACGUAUGAUUCCGACACCACGGAAUCCGAGCAAACGAGAAGUAAAUCUAAGAGUACAGAGGAAAGGAAACGCAGAGAAGCAAGAUACAGGGGGGAAGAUAGAAUAAAACCUGACGAGACUAGCGAGGGCGAGGAGGACAAGGAUAAUUUGGAAGAACCACGAAGAGGUAGACGAUUAAGAAGAACGAUCAGUAAAUCUCAAGGUAUAAAAUCGGAGCCGGACAGCGACGAAGAACAACCGAAGGGUCGAGAUUUUGAUUUAAAUCAAAUACGAUCCGAGCUAAAAGGCUUCGACAAGGCGGUGAAAUUAGAACUUGUCAGAGUCGAGCCUGACCCAGAAGAUGAUAUAAAAAUGACAGAAAAGGAAACUGUAUUGGUUUCACCGAAAUUAGAGAAAAAUUUGGAACCAUCGAAAAUAGAGGCAACCGUUGAGACUAAGCCGGUAGAUAAUACAGAGGACAUAUACGAAUUUAAAGAACCAGAACCGUUUGAAUUCGAGGUAAGAAAUAAACGUGAUACGAAUGGAGAAAAAGAGAAGGCGAAGAAGAAAGUGUUUGAGGAUGAACCAAAAAGUCCUAAGAAGAAACAGAAAAUAGUUGUAUCGCCGGUUAUAAAGGAAAUCAAGCCAGAGGUAGAUAACGAUUCACGGAAAAAGGUAAAGAAAUUAUUUAAUAAAAGAGUUGACGAUAUCACAGAAAAUCUGUCUCCUCAUAAAUCAUUACAGUCUACAUCAUUAGCGACCUGUGAAGAAGCGUUUGAUAAACUUUGCGAAUCGCCGCCGUUUAAUCCAGUGAAACCAGCGCUUAUCAUCGAGGAACCAAGUAAGAGAAGUAAUGGAAUAGACAUUUUAUUUACCGAUCUGCCCGGGGACGACGAUGCUACUCACGACGAUUCGGAGGAUCGUCUGAUAAUAUCAGAAACAGAAGUUUCCGAAGUAGAACAGGAGAAUUCAAUUACAUAUCAACAAGAAAUGUUCCCUGCAAAUGAUAUGAAUGAUUCGAUGGAAUCAAAUAAAGAAGUUGUAAGUCCACAGAUUGAAUUGCUAAAAGAAGAUUUAACAUCAACGGUUUCAAAUAAAUCUGAUGCGCCUACCGAUCAGAAGCAAAAUGUUAAAUCACCAUUGCACAGACAGUCCCCAGAAUUAAAGCCAGUCGAUACAAAAUUGCUAGAUGUUACCCCUGUUUCAUCUCCGAUUGUUACCACCCCAGCACCGAUCAGUGCAAGACUACCAGCUACGUCUUCGAUAGAGGAAAAGCUAUCUGCCGCGAUGGCUUUUCGUAAUAAAACAAAGGACACUAAAAAGGAAGAUGAAAUUCCUGAGAUUAUAUGGAAAUCAUCGAAAGAAAUCCCUAAAAAAGUGGAUACCAUCGUUGUACAAAAGAAUAAAGAGGAUCAGCAUGGGCCUAAGAUAGAAAUUGAGAAUAAAAAACGGGAGGAGGAAGAGGUACCAGUAGUGAAUAAUGAGGAUCAAUGUAGGGAAUUAAUGCGUGUAGUAAUUAAGCAGAAAGAGGAAGAGCUUCAACAGCUUAAGUUGAAGAAAGAAGUAGAGGUAAAGAAAUUUGAAGCAAAAACGGAGCAUAAAAAGAUCCAAGAAACGGAAGAGGAAGAAGAGGAAGAAGAAGAGGAAGAGGAAGAGGAGGAGGAGGAGGAAGAAGAGGAAGAGGAAUGGAAGCACGUGGAAAAUGAGAAAUCUAAAACGGUGGAAGAUGAAUUUAAAGAUCAUGAUCUUAAAGAAAAGGAGAAGGAUAAAGAGAAGCAUAAAAAGAUAGUAACUCAAGACGUAAUAGACUCGGCAGAUAGUAGUGAUUCUGAACAAAGGCUAGUAAUUGAUAAUGAAGAAUCACAAGAUAUAAAGACUCCGUCUAACUUCGAUGUGAAAUUAAGAGCUGAAUUGGACAGAAUUCAAGAUACGCAAGAUAGGUAUUCGAAAUUACAAACGCCAAAAACUAUGCAACCUUUGAAACUCCAACCACAAGAAUACAUUGCGGAAUUUAAAGCUGAAAGUACACCUGUUACAAAGACGGACGAAGAAGGUGAGGCAAUUAAUUCAUUAUUAUGCGAAGAAGAAAUACCAGGCUCACCAGCCCCUAUCACCGAAAGUAUCGAACAAAUAAAUGCCGGUCCAUCCUGUUCUCCUCCAAAAGUUGAAACCACAGAAAGUAGCAUAGUAUUGAUGGAAAUGCCAUUUGCUAGUGCACCAACGUCUGGCCAGAGUACAACUAGCAGUACUGUUGCUACUCUCAGUAUGGCACUGCCAAAAACCAUAGAAACAUCUGUUCCAGUCUCUUUACCCCUACAACAGAAUCCUAGCUUAGGUGUAAGACAACAGUCUCAUCAUCUACCUGCAUUAAUGCCAGCACAGAGAAGGGAAAGCAACGAAGCAGCACCUGUAAUGGACAAUACUCCUCCAACUACGCCAGACUCUAGUAUUUCCAAUAUAUCUGGAUCUCCGAGAGAAGAAAGAACAGGUGGUUCGUCGCCAAUUUCAGAGGACAACCUGAAACUCAAUCGGGAUAGUUCAGAAGCGGACAACGAUAGCGGUGGUAAAGGUCCAGGAUUCAGCGAAGAUGAUACGUUACCAAACGUGGAAGGAAAUUCUGCGGACAGGAUACUGAAACCACCGGCGAAACGGUCGAUCGAGGAAACGCAAUCUCCUAAAAAACGCAAGAGAAAUAGGAAACAUUCGGAAUGUGAUAAAAAUACAAAUAAAAAACCGGGAAGACAUAGCGGUAGACACGGUAGACACGGUGCUGGUAGCGAUAGCGAUGAUACCAGUGAAGGUUCUAAUCUAUGUGGCGUCAAUUCAACGCCGACGAAUCAUACAAACAUCACUACCGUUGCCGAGCUUAGUAAUUACUCGUCAAGAUCACCACGACCAACAAAAUAUAAUUUCUAUGUGGAACUAGAUCCUGAAUUGGACGGGAGUCAAAGGAUAGCUGUAUUACAACAAAAGUUAACCGAAUUACGUAAAACGUAUAACGCUGUGAAAGUUGAACUGGCUGCUAUUGAAAGACGCAGAAAAAAGUUGAGAAGAAGGGAACGAGAAGCUAUAAAGGCAGCUAAAGCAGAAAUGCAACAAGCCUGUUCGUGAUGAGCAGCCUUUAAACAUCCUAACUCGGUUAAUCUGCGGUAAAGAAACUUUUAUACGACGCCGGGAGAUAAUAGAAUCAUUAUACAGACACUCAAAAAUCACAGCUGAUUUCAUGACAAUUUUUACCUACCUAACAUCACUUAGGUAAUUUUUUCCCCCAUUUAAUAUAAAUUGUAGAUAUAGAUAUAAGAUUUAGUAUAAAAAGGAGGAACAUUUAUCAGAAUGAAAAUAUAUAUUCGUACGUGCUUUGUGUUGUAUAUUGUUUUUUUUUGUCAGAAACUCGAUGUGACAGUUAAAAACAAAUUUUUAUCUUCGAUUUGUCAUUUCACCUGCUCAGAUGCAAAGUACAAAUUAUCGAACUUGAUGAUCAUUUUUCAUCGUUCAUUAUUCUUUUUUAAGAAAAGGCUGAUAAAAAAAUGUUACCGAUAGUAUGUUUACUGUAAAGACAUCUUGGGAACAAAUAAUUGUCUAAGCCGUCUGUCAUUUCCGUUUCAAAUAUAACUUAUAGCACUGUUUGCGGUUGAGCUGUUUUCAAGACGAUGAUUAUAAAAAUAUCAAGUGCAACAACCACCAUAUAUUUCGUAGGAUAGAAAAAUUUUGUAUAUAUUAGAAGUAGUAAUGUAAUAGUGGUUUGCAAUAUACGUAUGUACGUAGAUUCUUAGCGAAGUUACAAUCGAAAUUUUUUAUUUAAAAGAAAAUGAAAUGAAAUAUGUAGCAAUUUAAUGUGGUUUUUAAUGUAAUAAGAUGAUCAUAUUAAAAGUAAUGCUCGUUUAUACGUUAACAAUUUACGAAAUGAGCGGAUGAUAUUGUAUAUUGAAAUGAUAUGAAUGGGAGGUAUAGCACAAUUUUUAACUUCUAAAGAAAAGAAUUACUUUAAUUCAUGUACAUAAUUUACAUAAAUAAAAUAUCGUACUAUAGUUGCUCUAAAAUGUAAAACGAUUAAAGUUUAUUAUAAUUAAAAAACACGUUCGUACUUGAGAAAUGAAUAUCUUGACAAAAUGCAUAGAAUCAAAUAUGCAAUUGUCAUGAAUGCAGCUCAACAAGAUUCAUCAAUUUACAGCCUUUUGCAUUAUAUCUGAAAAAAUUGCUGCCAUUGUGCUUUAAUCAUCAAAUAGGUUUUAGACGUUCGUCGUCAUAUAUCGUAAUUGGUCAAAGAUGCAUUUAUAUUUCUAUUUGGGCGUUGAAGUACCCCGUUAAAUACAAAAAGAAUAUUAAAAAAAAAAAAAAAUGGUUUAAACUUAAGAAACAAGUUGCAGGAAACGAAAUCAAAUUACCCUUGAACUAAAAUUUGUAUGAAGAGAUGUUGGCUGAAAAAGAGAAUGAAAUUUUAUAUAGAUAAAUAUAAUAUAUUUUUUAUAAAAAAAAAAAAAAAAUAAUCAAUCGUGGAUGUGAUUUAUGUUA